GUGCUGUGAGAUCGGGUGUGUGGCGUGCAGCUAAUUUGGCGUGACAGAAUUCGAAAUACGGUAGUGGAAAUUUAAAAAAUGUCCAGACAAUCCCCAAGUCUUGUUGAAUAUUUUGCAGAGCGUGAAAAACACAAAUGCGGUUACUGCAAGAGUCCUGAUACGAACUGUAGCCAUGGCAUGUGGGCAUAUACCUUAAAAGUUCAAGACUAUCAGGACCUCAUUAACAGGGGUUGGAGGCGCAGUGGAAAUUAUUGUUACAAACCUAUAAUGGACCAGACUUGUUGUCCCAUGUAUACUAUCAAAUGUGAAGCAUUGGGUUUCAAAAUAUCUAAGUCACAAAAGAAGCUGUUGAAAAAAAUGUCCAAGUUUUUGAAAGGUGAAUUAAAAAGGAAUGAUACAGCACUUUGUGAUGAACUUCUUCAAGACGACUCAGAUUCCCAUCCUAUGCAAAUUCAGAAUUGUGCUGAACAAGUUGAAAAAGCACGUAAAAAUGCUACCAAAAUUGACAUGUCUCUAAUUGCUGAUACAUUUGAUCUGAGAUUACCUUCCCUGAAGAAUUCCACCAAUAGUCAGAGUGUAAUUGGUAGCAGUUAUUCUACUGCUAAGGUAAAACAUGAUAAAAAUCCUACCCCGAUAUCCUCUCCUAGUAAAGAUUAUAAGUCAGGAAUGGGUUUUGACCAAAGUAAGCCACCACCUAAGAAAGCAAAGAUUAUACGACGGGAGCGUAAACAGAACAAAUUAUUGUCAAUGGGAAAAUCAACAACAGAAGUUGAAGAAAUGUUGAAGCAAGGAAAAUCAAUAGCUGCUGGCAAAACGUUGGAGGAAUUAUUUAUUGAAGAAAGUGUGGGACAGAAUAAACUAGAGUUGCGCCUGGUUAGAACCUCACCAAUGAGCAGUGAGUACAUCAACACCUCCGAGCAAAGUUAUGAAUUGUACAAAAAAUAUCAAAUGACAAUACACAAGGACCGAGCUGAGCAGGUUACACAACAACAGUAUACAAGGUUCCUUGUCGAAUCUCCUUUACAGAUUAAAUUGGUAAGCGUUUCGUCUGAAGAGUUUCUGGAUACUUUCGAAUUAAGUGCAAAUCUUUAUAAAAAGUAUCAAAUGGCAGUUCACAAAGAUUCAGCUGAAGAAUGUGACAAACAAUCAUUUACAGAGUUUCUCUGCAAAAGUCCGUUGCAGAAAUGGGUCCCAGCUGAUGGCCCGCCGCAAGGAUAUGGUUCCUUCCAUCAGCAAUACUGGCUUAAUAAUCAACUAAUUGCUGUUGGCGUAAUAGAUAUCUUACCAUCAUGCAUUUCCAGUGUGUACUUCUUUUACGAUCCAAUCUACUCACACAUCUCUCUAGGAACAUAUGGUUCUCUUCGAGAAAUAAUGUUAACGAGGCAGCUCAAUAAAGUAGUUCCAAAUCUGAAGUAUUAUUACAUGGGCUUCUAUAUUCAUACAUGCCCAAAAAUGCGAUAUAAGGCUGGACUACGUCCAUCAAAACUAUUAUGCCCAGAGACAUAUGUAUGGUGUGACAUUGAAAACUGCCUGCCAAAGUUAGACAAAGAAAAAUACAGCAGAUUGAAUGAAGAUCUAGAUGCUAUUGAUGAAAACUUGAGCAAUGAUAUCACACAGGUAUCAGUUUGUUACAACAGAAAGAUCAUACCCUACCAUGUUUACAAAAAACAAGCACAUUCGUCAGCCGAUCAAGAUGAAAUCAGGGAAUACAGUCACCUUGUAGGAGCAAGGUGUGCACAAAACUUAGCCCUUUAUCGCAGCUGAUCAAAUUGCCAUGUAAUAUAGCAAAGGAUAUUUAACAGUUGGAGCAGGCACGGAUGUUGCAUUUGGAGUAGGUACGGAUGUUGCAGGAGCAUCAGCUGGUGUUAUAACAUCAUUCCAUGGUUGAACUUCUCCACUUCCUCCAAUGAAGAAAAUUAUCAUGCUGAAUAUGCACACAGCUG